AUGAAACGUAUCGUAGAAAAUCGUGUGCAAUUUUGGCAAGACCCAGUCAAGCGAAUACCAACGAAGGCACAACAAACGACAUCAACACAAGAAUCAACCAAUACUGAUAAAACAUCAUUUUCUACUAAUAAAGAGCCAAUAGCAACUACUACAGAAGUACUAUCAAAUGAUGAUAAUAUAAAUAACGAAGUUCAUAUUCUACUUUGUGGUGGUCCGAAAGUAGGAAAAUCGAUGUUAAUUAAUGCUCUUUGUGGUUGUCCCGUAGCUAAAGUAAAAACAAUGGGUCUCGAUCGAUGUACGCAAAAAACAAGCUAUUAUCAAUUAGAUAACAUUUACUUCUGGGAUACGCCUGGUAUCCAGCAUUGGUCUAAUAUAGAUAUCGACUCAUAUCUCAAAGCAUCUACACGAUGUCAAAAACCAUUAUGUAUGUUCUAUUGCGCUUCACCCGGUUCAUUUACUAAACUGAAACAACUUGAAAUGCUACUCGAUGAAUGCAUUUAUCAACGACAUAUUUUCUGUGUACUUGUAGUGACAAACAUGUUUGCUAAUGUUAAUCGACAUGCAAUUCUCAACGAAUUUAAAACACUUUUAAGUAGAUAUGUUGAUCACAGUCAACAAAUACGAGAAGAACACGGAGUAUAUUAUUAUGGACAAGUUGGACUAUGUACUAUGGUUAAUAGUCGAGAAUAUGUUGAUGAAGAUACAAAUCGACGGCAACCACAGCAAGGUAUAAAUGAGUUAGUUAUGGCUUUAACAAAGUCGUUCAGCAGAACUCGUCAAUUAGGUGGUUGGCUACGAGCCAUCGAGAAAAAUACACAAUUUUGGUUGGAAAAACAAGAAGAAAUUUUUAGACUCAUAAAAAGAUCAGAUGAUAUAUGCUUGUCUGAGAUUAUUUCGAACAUUGAAGCACAAAAAUAA